AUACAGUAAACCAGAUACGCAAAUGCGUGUUCCGUCCGGCCUCUGUCCCUGCCACCGGCGGUUACUCUCUCCCCGCAUGGCGUCGCCUCCUCCGCCGGCUCCCGCCGCCGCGGCCGCCCACAGCGUGUUCGUCUACGGCACCCUGAUGGCGGAGGAGGUCGUGCGCGUCCUCCUCGGCCGCGUCCCGCCGUCCUCCCCCGCGCUCCUCCCCAACCACCAGAGGUUCAGCAUCAGGGGCCGCGUCUACCCGGCGAUCCUGCCCGUCGACGGCAGCAAAGUCCACGGAAAGGUUUGGAAGGGGAUAACCGAUGGGGAGCUGGACGUGCUGGACAUAUUUGAGGAUGAGGAGUAUGCGAGGGAAGCUGUUGGCAUCUCACUGACCGAUUCGGCGGAUACAAUGAUCGCCUAUGCAUACAUAUGGGGGAAUGUGGAUGAUCCUGACCUCUAUGGUGAAUGGGAUUUUGAUGAAUGGAAGAAAGUGCAUUUGAAGGACUAUCUCACAAUGACACAAGAUUUCAAGGAGGAACUGGAACAGCUUGAAUCUGACACAUGAUUGAAGCUUGCCAAUCAUUCUUCCAAAAGGAUUAAUUCGCCAAUGUAUUGUACUUCCUACGUCCCAAAAUAAGUGACUCAAAAAUGACUAAACUUUGUACUAUAGUUAGUACAAAAUUAAGUCAUUUUUGAGUUACUUAUUUUGAGACGGAGGGAGUAUGUGCUUUGUUCAACCAACUCUAAUGUGAAUUCUAAAUAAGAUAUUCACCUGAUUGCUAGCAACCUAACAAAAAAAUAGUUUUCAUAUUUUGUGACCAUAGACUUGAAGUGUUCAAGUGUACGCUUUCUCUGUGCUUUUUGGAUCAGUCAAUGCUGCUUGAGACACUUGCAUGUGAAACAAAUUAACUUGAAUUUGUUUUGCUAA